CGGUCUUCGACGCUCAACACAGACAGUAAAGGGUGGGAGCAGUGCGACGUGUUUGCGAGCACGCAUGAAAGGGCUGCUGCUGCAUGGCGAUAUCUGAGGUGGUGCAGGGCGCUGGGGUUCCUUUGUGCGCCGCAGCAGUUCGCCAGGCACGGCUUGGGGUGGGUGCAUGCAAGAAUAGAUUAAGUUCUGCGCCACGAUCCGGGACAGGUUCGGGCGAGCAGUCAGCUGCGAAAGAGGCAAGAGGGUGCAGAUGGGCUCUCCAACACGCAGAGACCCCUCUACCCGCCCACGCGCUGAUCGUCUGCGUUUCCCCACUGUCCUCCGGCUGCAACACCAUCAACAAGCGAGCAGAAAAGCGUUUGAACGCUGUCUUUGUGUUCGCUGUCUGCAUCCUUCAUCCGCGUGCACAACGGAGCGGGGCGAAGACGAAACACGCGCGGCUUCCACAGCGUGAACCAGGGCCUGGCUCAACAGCGCCCGGCACCUCAUCUCCCACGCCUGUCCUGAGACCGUCUCCUUCUCCACACGGGCGUCUUCACUGCUCUUUGUCGCCAUUUUUGCAUCUUCGUAUCGCAACCUUCGUCACUCGCUGUUUAUCUUGGAUUGUCUUUUCAGGCUCCGUUGGCCGUCGCCGCUUCCUCCUCCUUGCUCUCGUAUAUUAGCGCGCUUGCCUCCUUGACCACCGUUCCUUCUCUGUCCGUCCUCGAUCAACACCGCGGACUACCUGUCGCACAGCGUUUAUCAUCCCUUUGCCAGCCAGCG